CACAGGUUACUCUUCAGGCUUGGUCUGCAUGGACUGCGAGAAAGACUAGAAGGCAUUUUUCUGACCACUCUACAGCAUUUUAUCAGGACAUCCUUUCUGUAUAUUCUCUCACCAUCACCACAUAUUUACAGUGUAUUACUGGAACUGGACUGUACAAACAUCAACAUAUUGAAGAGCGACUGCCACGGUGUGAGCUGAAGGAUCGUCGUUGUCUCCAAAGAAGAGUGAAAAGGAUCAAUUUGAAGGAUCUCAUGACAAGUUACAGCCACGGAGGAAUCUUCAACCCUGCCUACCAUGACAGCGAGACUCUGGAAAUUGAUAGGUCGUCCAGCAAAAACCGCCACUCUAACCCUUAUGCCAGGGGUGAGAGGGCAGAUGCCCAUUACUCGUCGACUGUUCAGACCAUCAGUGAUGACGCCGUGGGGAGAGUGCCCUGGCGGGGCUGGCAGGAGGAGAGCUGGAGGGGGAGAGAAAGCAUCCCCAUGGGCCUCAUCUCAACGCGCCCCCCGAGUCCAUCAUGGCAGCAUGACGUCAAUCACAGUACCUUCCAGAUCCCACCUGACUCUCAGUAUGAUCGGUCACUCUCUGUCCGCCUGCCUUCUGCAAUGUCAGGUAACAUGACAAUGAGAUGGAGGGGAGUGACAAUGAGAAGGAUGAGCAUGUUUCCCAACAGCGAUCCUGCCAAUGUAGCCUUCACAGAGGAUGCCAUCAGGAACGAGAUGGAGAAUGAGGAACAGAACCUGGUCAAGGAGCUCGUUGCCCUGUCAACUCGAGACCGAAUUCGGGCCAUUCGAGACCUUCCAAUGAGCUGUGACGAGAAGAAACAUAUCAGGAGCCAAGUGCUGGCGUUCAAGUCUUCCAAGCAAUCUCGCAAGUUCACGUGUUUUGCAGAUUGCUCUGAGAAUAUGUCACUGUCUUUCCGCAGGUGCGGCUACAGUAUAAGGUCAGCCAGACAGACACUGGAGCUGUGGCAAGGCAUCAUGAAAGAGAUUGGUGGCAAGUUUGGCACCAGUGUCCUCUCCUAUUUCGUGUUCCUCAAGUGGCUGCUCGUAUUCAACAUUUUCUCCUUCCUGGUCAACUUUGGCUUUAUCACCAUCCCGCUGCUUGUUUACGACCCCUCACCCAACAUACCUCCAAACGUGACAUUCAGAGGACUGGAGAUACUGACUGGAGCUGGUUACUUCCACUACACCGUUAUGUACUAUGGUGGCUACAGUAAUGAAACUCUGGUGGGUCUGGUAGAGUACAACAUGCAGUUGGCCUAUUUCUUCACAAUAGCAGUCUACAUGGUUCUGUGUGGAGUUGCACUUAUCUUAAGCAUGGCCAGCUCAUUCAAGAAAAACUAUGUACUAGCAGACCCAACUUCAAACGGUGCAUGGCAGCUUCUGUGCAGCUGGGAUUUUAGUAUUACCAAUGAGAGAGCAGUGAGACAGCGCAAGAACAAUCUACGUGUCCAACUCAAGGAGUCUUUGUCAGAGAAGGCCCAGAGGGAGCUGCUAACCCACUCUGAAAAGCUGAAGCACUUUGGGGUUCAUCUGGGCUCCUGGCUCCUCUCCACUGGCUUGGCUGUUGGCUGUGGAGCUAGCAUCUAUUAUCUCUGUCAUUAUGAACAGGAGCGGGCAACCGAUACAGCCAACCGGUCUCUGCUUCAGGAGGCCGAGACUCUCCUGGUUCCUUUUGUGGUGUCUCUGAUGAACCUGGUUGUCCCGCUCUUCUACUCCCUCUUCAACAAGUUUGAGCCCUACUCCAGCCAGCGCAGCCAGAUCUACGCUCUGGUAGUCAGAAACGUGAUACUCAAGAUGUCUAUUCUGGCUGUCUUGUGUUAUUACUGGAUGAAUACGGUGGCUAAGAAGUUUUCGUGUUGGGAGUCCAUUGUGGGGCAGGCUUUGUACCGUCUGGUCAUUGUUGAUUUUCUUUUCCUGAUGUUGGGAUCCUUCUUUGGAGAGUUUCUUAGCAAUGUGAUUGGGACCAGAUUACUACCACGUCUGGGGGUUCCAGAGUUUGAUGUAGCCAGAAAUGUCCUCGAACUCAUCUACGCACAGACUCUGGCCUGGAUUGGAAUUUACUUCUCUCCUCUGCUGCCUGUCAUCCAGAUCCUCAAACUUUUCAUUUUGUUUUACCUAAAGAAGGUCAGCCUGACCCAGAACUGCCAGCCUCCGCAGCGGUCAGGCAGAGCAGCUCAGAUGCAAACCAUCUUCAUCGCUCUCCUCUUCUUCCCUUUCUUUGUGGGAGCCCUGUCUAUGGUUGCAUACACCGCCUGGAGACUGACUCCCUCAAAGCAGUGUGGUCCUUUUCGGGGACUCAACAACACCUUCAGUGUGGUCGGAGUCUGGAUGGACGAUCUGAAGGAUAUCGCUGGUUCUGAAUGGGCUGUCUGGAUCUACGAAAAUGUCAUCAGAAGUGAAAUCUUCUACUUUCUUAUCACACUCAUCAUCAUAGUCAUUAUAUACAUCUUCUGGCAAGUCACUCAGGGCCGCAAGCGGCUUAUUGUUCAACUGAGACAACAGAUUGUUAAUGAAGGGAAAGAUAAGUCCUUCUUGUUAGACAAGCUCCAGAACCUCCAGAAAUCUCGGCCUGAUAAAAAAUCCAAACAGAAGAAUCCAAAAAAGCACACCAAACGGCGGUCAGAUGUCCACUCCUCGGGCGGUCAGUCCAACUCAAACGCCAUGGUUCAGGCGUUGCUCACUCGCCAGCAGCUUGAAGAGGACGAGGAGAGACGCAGCGCCGGUGGAGUGCCCAUUCCCUCCAACAUCUCCACCUCCAGCGCUCUAAUUCAGGCCAUGCUGGCCCGGCAGAGAGCAGAUGACCAGGAUGAAGAUAAAUCAUCCUCCGGCGCCCUCGCACAGGCCGUGCACGCCAGGCAGAGGGCUGAGGGUCAAGAGACGGAUGAAUACUACAGCACAGGUUUUUUUGAAAACCCUGUCAACACAUCCAGCGCUGUCGCACAGGCGAUGCAAGCCAGACACAGAGCAGAGGAGGACGGACCAGAUGAUGCACGUGACCUGCCAUCUUCUGUGUCAGGUGUUAUGAUGCAAGUCAUGCAAGCCAGGCAGAGGGCAGAGGAAGAGGACAGGCCUCAGUGGGUCCCAGCUCCCCCACAAAACCCAGCUCCCGCAGGCUCCAGUGCUCUCAUACAGGCCAUGUUGGCCCGGCAGCAGGCCCAGAACGAGUACGAUGAUGGUUACUGACCAAAGGGGUCUGGCUUUAUCUUACUGCAGGGAGAGGAACAGAACUGAAAAGAACAACAUAUGACUGAAAUCACACUUGUCAGAUUAGGAUUUGUGUUGUCACCCAUAGAUGAAAUAGCAUCAGUUAUAAGUCCAUAAAUGGGGUGAUUUCUCCAGAAUUGCAAUACAUUCAAUCCUGCUGUACAUCCAAAAGAACUGAGAGAGCUACAGUACUGUAGCAGGACGAGAAGAGAGUGCAGGUCCACCUCUUUAUGCACUUUUUUUUUUUUACCAAUAUAUUUUAAUAGUAUGUUUCUAUGAGAGUACACAAGCCUUGUAAAAUAAAUAAUUACUAUAACAUAUACAGUAUACACAAGGCCUGAUCUUGUGCCAUUCCUAAUGUAAUUUCUGUAUCAUAAAAAACAGUUGUUAAUAUUGUAUAUAUUCUCUGUGAAAUGUAGAUGUUCAUCAGAUACAAA